UUAUUAUUCAUCAUUUCAUGUUAUUUCCUGUUAUAGAUACUAUAUAUAACGUAUCGCAAAAUAAUGCUUUGGUUGUUUAAAUUUUCCAAAUGAUUAAUUUACAACCUCUUCAGGAUCUUUAGAAUAUUUCCAAUAAUAAGUCGAAUUCUCCAAUAUGGUUCUUUACUAUCCAGUAUGUGUUUUAAUACAUGAUUGAUUCAAGAAAAAUCGAUCUUAUGGGUCCUUAAAGAUUUAAUGAAAAAAUGUCUGGCGUCUUUGGAUACAGCCGCGAAGCUGUUAGGGUGAAAGUUAAGAAAUGUGAAGGGAAUCACCAACCAGAACUAAGGAAGUUUAGUGUAGACCCUCAAAUAACAUCAUUUGAAGUACUGCAAAGCAUUUUGGCUAAAGCGUUUGAUUUAAAGGGGGAUUUUGCUAUAUCUUACAGAGCUUAUGAUGCUAAUGGACAGGAAAUAUAUAUGAGACUUUUAUCAGACUGGGAUUUAGAUGCUGCAUUUUUAAAAGCGCAUAAUGCGUCGGUAGUUACAAAUGUGGAACCUUGUCUGUGCCUCAGAGUUGAUUUAAAACCUUUUGAAGAAUCUGUAGAUGAUUGGGAAACGAGACGAAAUGUUUCAAUUAUUACUCAAAUUCGUACAGCUACAAGUCAAGAAGCUAAACCUUCCUCACGGUUUCAUGGGGUGUUUAAUCAGGUGGGUAAGACCCUCAAUAUGGUUCAGAAAGCCUUGAAUUUUGGUGAAGACGGGAAUACUGUCUUGCAACCCCCAAGAGCACCACUUUCUGAUGGAGAAUUCAGGAAGUACUGUGAUGCAGUGGGGCAAAUUAUUUACCCCAAAGAAUUACGAUCUGCUAUUUAUUUUGGUGGAAUUGAACCUAGUCUAAGAAAAGUGGUAUGGAAACACCUGCUUAAUAUCUAUCCUGAUGGCAUGACUGGGAGAGGUCGUAUGGACUAUAUUAAAAAGAAGGCUAUGGAAUAUAUAUCCCUGCGCGAAACUUGGAGGCAGGCCAUAGCACAGGGACCAGUGGUAGGGGAACUGGCUUAUACCACUGGCAUGGUGCGUAAAGACGUCUUGCGCACUGAUAGGCAUCACCCAUUUUACGCUGGCAGCGACGAUAAUCAAAACAUUGCUUCCCUGUUCAAUAUUCUUACUACUUAUGCUUUAAACCAUCCAAAGGUAUCCUAUUGUCAAGGAAUGAGUGAUCUAGCAUCUCCCUUUCUCGUAACUAUGAAUGACGAAGCACACGCUUAUAUAUGUUUUUGUGCGUUGAUGCAAAGGCUUGCGACAAAUUUUAUGAUCGACGGGAUAGCGAUGACGCAAAAAUUUACCCAUUUAGCUGAAGGAAUUAUGUACUAUGAUCCAGAAUUUUAUAAUUAUUUGAAGAUACAUCAGGCUGAUGAUCUUCUAUUUUGUUAUCGCUGGCUGCUCCUUGAAAUGAAACGGGAAUUCGCGUUUGAAGAUUCGCUGCGUAUGCUUGAAGUUCUUUGGAGUUCUUUGCCAGCAGACCCGCCUUGUAAGGAAUUGCCUCUAUUUGAUGUAAAAUUUCAUUUGACUCCGCCAAUGGGCACACCCCCCAUAAGCCCGUUAGUCAAAACACCACGAGAAAACGCCUACACGAAAGUGUGUGCUCUGCGGAGACAAAGUUCAUCGAUCUCAUUAAGUAAUUAUAGUUGUUGUAAGCCAGGCGUAGUAAAAAGACAGAAUCAUAGCUUAGAUGAGACAAUAAGUCAAUGUAGGAAUGGUAUUAUAGAUUUUAAACUUAACAAGAAUCAGAGCUUGGAUGAUGCGGCUCUCACUCACCAUGCAAAAAGUAAAAGUAAUGACGUAAGCCCAAAAUCUCCAAGUAAACUGGCCUGCAAAGAAGAUGAAUCUAUUUCACCUCGACCACGAUCCGUUUCGCCUUUAGAGGUUAAGUCUGACUCUAUAGAACUUAACAAUCGGAUUAACACACACCAGAUGGCAUUUAGAGCGAAAAGUGCUAGUUUAUCUUCUAGCAUGUCAAAUCUGAUCAAAAAUACGAAACGAACUGGUCAUUUUAAAGAUUUGAAGGACAAAAUAGCUGCCGCUAAAUUUUUCUCGUCAUUGGAUAGACUAGAUCUUACUCCAUCAAUAAAAGAGGAAGAGGAACAUCCAAGAAGGAUCGUUACAAAUCUGAAUGAGUUUUUAAGCCUUGCGGGCGUCAACAAAAAUAGAAUUGCCGAUAAGUCUAUAGAAUCUACCAAGUUCGCCAAAGAUAAACCUAAAAUUUUGCUCACUAGGUCAAGCCUGGACGAUUCUGAAAGCUCAAGUUUUGACAAACCUAAGGAUUCUUCCACGUCGAACACUUUCACUGACGACACCGAUACUUUCGAUGAGUAUAGUCCAGACGAUUCUCAAGAGUAUUUUCCGUUAACUACCUCAGUAACUAGAGAACUGCGUUUAGAGCUGGAGAAUUUAGAUAGAAAAGUUUUUGGGGACAAAUUUGUAAAUCGAUUUGAUGACUCGCCACCAAGCGAGUGUGAAUCAAAAACUAGGAAACUAGAUGAGCUGCCAGCACAAAAGAUGACCAGCGGUGAUAUAUUUGUUUGGGAAAAUCCUUUACAUCAAGGUAGCCCUAAACAUAUUUUGAACUAUUCUCAUACACCAGAUGAACAGGCAGAAAUCGAUUUUGAUACUCCAACCAUAGUCAAUGAAACGUCAGCCACUAAAACUGUAACUCCAAUAAAGAUUAUUAAUACAACCAGUAAAAUUGAGACUCCUCAAAGAGUUGUGAUUAACAUUGCCCAGUCCAUCAGUCAACCGAAUACUUAUCAUAUACCGGCCAAUUGUCCAAUGUUGACCAACUCUUGCGAAGAGGUGACGGAGUCUAUUAAAGCCCCCUCUAUGCUGCCGCCACCAAAUGAGUUCGGAGGAGGAAACCCUUUUCUGAUGUUCUUGUGUUUAACGGUUUUAUUGCAGCAUCGGGAUCAUAUCAUCAGCAAAGGUAUGGACUACAACGAGAUGGCCAUGCAUUUCGACAAAAUGGUAAGAAAGCACGAUGUGACGCGGGUGUUGAAUCAGGCCAGGCAGAUGUACGCGAGAUAUAUUAAACAACAUACAAUUGCGCAUCACCAAUUAGAUGCCAAACAUGAAGACUGUUAAUUUUUGUAUAACUUGUGGUUCGUUUAAGCAGAGUCUUACGCAAAGGUGAUUUGGCAAUAUCAAUUAUUGUUCAUGACCUUUAUCCAUAAGGACAAAACUGGGGUAGUUGGAACAGUAUGUGAUUGCUUUAAAAUAGUUUUGGUUGGAUGAUUGAGGUGUAUGCUUUUUUGCAUUUCAUCAACUAAGGAAUACAAAAAUGAUAUUGUCGAUUCCUGGUCUGGUUAAAAUUGUGCCUAAUAAAAUAAUGCCACGGCGCAACAAUUCGCUGAGGAAAGAUUUGAAUGGGCGGGUUAGAUAACUGUAAUCAUAAUUAUAAAUAAUCACAAGGAUAAAACAACUUUAGUAAACAUAAUCGUAAUUUUAUGAACAAUUUGGACACCCUUUUCAAAUUUUAACUUUUAUGAUUAAGACCUUUGCAUAUAAUCUUCAAUGAAACAUGGCAACAUUUCCGAAUAUCAGAAACCAGUGGUAUCAAUUCAUAAAUCUAGUGACUCAACAAAUGUGAUAACUUACCGCCAUAUUUGCAUCAUCAGCUAAUGCGCUUGUGUUCUGAAAUGAUCUAUGAUCACUUCGUUUUCACAAGCAAUUCAACAUAAUUAAACUAUACAUCUAUUGAGUUUCUGAUGAUACUUUGGAGUUGCAUAUAUACCGAUAUAAGUAGUGCUAGUGAAAAACUUAAGAAAUCAUAGAGGCAUUCUAUUUUCAUGAGUUAAAAGCUAUCUUAUCAAAUAAACUGAACUUUACUUCGUCUAAAAUCUAAGUCUAGCCAGGUGUGCCUCAAGAGUCGGUCUUGGGCCAACUGCUUUUCAACAUGUUCAUCGAUGACAUCAAUUUUCUGCUUCUUAUAUUACUUAUUUCUAUUACUGACAAUUUAAAGUUUUUCAUCAAAAUUGUUACAUUUUGGGGAUAUAUGAACUAUAAGUUUUGCCAACUUUUCAACCCUUUCCUCUAGAAGGAUGCUGAGGGAGCUCAAAUUGAUCCACAACAUCAUCGACUGUACAAUUGAGUAUCUCUACCCUACUUCUAGGAUUUCUAGGAAUGCUGCCUUAGUUUGCCUUCGUAGGCAUGUAAAUGCUAAUGAUUAAAAUUUUCUUCUCAAAUUUUUUUUGGUUAUUGUUGGAUAGUUUUGGUGACGUUUAGUGUUGAUGUGUCUACUUAAGACAGGUGUCGGUGAUUACUGUUAAUGAUUUCACUUCAGGAGCCAAGAUCACGACUCAAAAGUUUCAUCGACAAUUUCAGAGCCGACUAUGCAUUCCACUCGCGCUCUGACGAUGCUGCCAAAAACUAGAUUAUAUGGACUUUUUUAUACCCAGUGAACCAUUUGUAUAACAUAUUUUUCCACCAGAUUUUAAGCCAAAUUACGCUAACAACAGUUUCUUUGUGUUGACUUUCAUGCUUUUAUUUUGGUUGUGAUUUUAUUUCCACUGAUCUUUGUUUCUGUUUAACUAGCGCUACAGUAAGUUUCUUAUUUCUACUGAUUAUUGAUUAUAUUAGAAUUUUGUUUUGAUCCCGUGAUGAUCGGUAAAAGGCUGCAGUGUGGUGCAAUACCGGUUUUAGUUAUUUUUCGUUGCUAAUUUCAAGAACUACUAAGAUAGAGUGUCAUUAUUACAAAAUUUUCAAAUUUGAUAUAAAUUCUUUGUUAUUAAACUUGUAUCCUGAACGCUUCUAAAAAUUGUAUAAAUUUGAAAUUUAACAAGUAUUAUCGAAUUGAUUUUGGAUACUAAAAAUUUUGCUACACAUGAACAGCGUUUGAAAGCGCAAAAAAGUGAAAAUUAAUGAGAUCUCUGGCGCAAAAAAAUUAUUGCAUUGCGUUUGUUCCAGAAAUCAGCCGCAGGGAUAGAAAAUCCCAUUUUGCUGCCAGAAACAAAGCACUAUUAGCAAUCCAGAAGAAAUUUUACAGUAAACCAAAAAUUUAAAAACCUGGAUCACGAACGGCGGCCUUGGCCUGGAACAUGAAGGCCACAAAGGCAACGAAAGCGCCGCGAAUGCUAGUCAGACCACAUGUUCAGACCCUUUUGUUGGGUGGCUAAACAAAACCCUUGAAAAUUCAACUAACAAUAAAUAGAUGGAAAGAGAAUGUCGGAAAUGGUGGACGGACAUGCCAGGACAAAGACAGGCCAUGGACGAUUCUAUGGUCCAAAUUUACAAUAGACCUGCUAAACAACAAUAGAAUAAUCACUGUUCACGGGCUACUGCCCACUUAACAGGUAUCUAAGUCUAAUGAGAGUGGAAAAAAACACUGAACACAGAUUUUACCACGAAAAAGAGGAAACACCCACAGAUAUUCCACGCUAUAUCGAGAGAGUGUUUCCAUCUUCUGGUCGAAAUCAAACCAGGGGUAACAAGUUACAUGAAGGAGCCACUAUUGAAGCUGUGGAUUCUAGUCAUAGAGAUGAACCUAUAUAAAGGUCUAUAACGAUAGAGAAAAUCACAAUACAUCUUUUGUCAGUGACAGACAGGCCAAUUGUUGUUGAUAUGAGAAAGUGAUACAGAAAGUGGAUUUUGAAAGUUAAGAAAGUAAUUUCUAACAUUUUGUUUUGACCGAUUUACUUACUUAGUUUUGCAUGGCCAUUUGAACUUUUCUAAAGACAUAUCCAAUGUCCAUGUUCUUUCCAUCCCAAAUAUUAGAAGCUAUUAUAAUAAAUAUAAAUAAGCAUUAUCUCUUAAAUGUGGAUACAUCUAGACUUUCUUUUUUUUCCUUCUGCAUUGCAACCACAGCAGCGAUCAAGUUCAAAUCGAAUCAAAUCAAAUUUUGACCAAUGGAAGUCUGCAACUAUAAUAAGUCGUCCCACUGAGCGACUUCCUUCUACCUGCCUUCCUGGUGGAGGUGAACAAUGGUUCAAGGCGAAGCGACGCUUAAACCAAAGAGUAUAGGUUAGAGGGGAAGGUUGCGUAUACUGUUACGAAUGGCAUCUAAUAUUUUGUGCCCAAGCAUUGAAAAUACUACAAUAGCUUGUAACGGAUAUUAGAACUUUUAUAUUUUAAUAAAAAAAAAAAAAUUAAAACUAUUUCGACAUAAUUUUUUUUUUCACAUUUUACCUUUCAAACUUUGAAUUGAAUUGAACCGUACGUCCCGCGCGUUUGCCACUAAUGGUAGCCUUCCCCUCUGUCUUAUACUAGUUGGCUUAAACAUCAACCGGUGGUUGCGCGCCACUUAGAUUUAUCCCACUCUGGCAAAUUGUUUAUUAAAUUUCGAAUAUUAGUAUUCCUAAAAUUUUGUUGGAAAAGUAUCAAACAUAGUUAUACUCGUAGGAAAUAUACUCUGCCUACACGAACCCUGGUAUAUUGUCACUGUGAUAUUUUAAUUGAAUUCUUUGUAGUUUUCUUUUGUGAAGUAACUGUGUAAACAUUAUCGGCCUUAGUGAUACAUAUUAUCUGUAUAUUACGUAUUCGGUCCAUUAUGCGACUGAGAGUGCAUUAGUUUUUUUUGUCUUAUGUUUCUAUUAUCACGCUUGGUACUUUAACAUAUUAUUUAAAUGCACUAAGACAUGGAUAGUUUUUCCUAGCAAUAUUUAAAUAAAAGACUUGUUUAAGUUGGAAUGGGGCGGUUUUUUUCGUUUGUGAUAAUUGAAACGAAAAAUAAUUACAGUUUCGCAUAGAUUUUGAGUCUCACGCAUGAAAGAG